AUCGGACGGUUAGACGGAGAGGUUUUGUAAACACCUUGUGCCUGCGGCAAACCCUAUAUCAGCAUGUUUGGAGUUGUAGAUCGGAAGUUCAAACCAAAUAACAUACCAAGAUCUGAGUGUGCCACUUUAUUCAUUAUUCAUUCAGCAUUGGAUAUUAUUGGCCUUUGAAUGCCAUUAGAAGGAGAGGAUCUGCAAACCAUCCAUCACACUAUGAUCUGAUGGAGUCGCCUAUUUUAUCACAAAUGGAACGUGAUCACAUUUUAAACAUUGAAGGAAAAAACUUUGUUCACACUGGAGAUAAACCGCACACUUGUGUGUGUGGACAAGGCUUCAGCCAAUCAUCAGAGCUCGCAAACCACAAAUGCAGUCACACUGGGGAGAAACUCUGGAAAUGUGGGGAUUGUGGGGAGGAAUGCAUUUCCCCUUCUGAGCUGGAAACUCAUCGACGCAGUCACACUAGUAACAGGCCAUUCACCUGCACAGUGUGUGGUAAGGGAUUCACUCAGUCAUCUAACCUGCUGCAACACCAGCUCGUUCACACUGAGGAAAGACCAUUUCAAUGCCUGGAUUGUGGGAAGUGCUGUAAAAAUUCAGGGGGACUGCUAUGCCAUCAACGCAUUCAUACUGCAGACAGACCAUUUCAAUGCUCAGACUGUGGAAAAUGUUUUAAAACAUCCAGGGACUUGACAUCCCAUCAACAUGCUCACAUUAGUGAGAGACCAUUUAAAUGUCCAGACUGUGGAAAGUGUUAUAAAACCUCUGGGGACUUGACAUCCCAUCAACAUGCUCAUACUAAUGAGAGACCUUUUAAAUGCCCAGACUGUGGAAAAUACUAUAAAACGUCUGGGGACCUGAUGGCCCAUCAACGUGCUCACACGGAGGAGAGACCUUUUAAGUGUCCAAACUGUGGGAUGUGUUAUAAAACUCCCAGGGACCUAAUGUCCCACCAACUUGCUCACAUUAAUGAGAGACCUUUUAAAUGCCCAGCUUGUGGGAAAUGCUACAAAACCUCCAGGGAUCUGAUGUCCCACCAACGUGUUCACUCUGAGGAGAAAGCGUUUCGGUGCUCUCUCUGUGGGACUGGGUUCAGGCGAUCAUCUGACCUCAUGGAGCACCAGCAGGUUCACACUGGGAAGAAACCAUUCAGCUGCUCAGAGUGUGGGAGGGGAUUCACUCGUUCAUCCAACCUGCUGAGACACCAGCAAGUUCACACUGCGGAGAGAUCUUUUACAUGCCCAGACUGUGGGAAGUGCUACACGAGCUCCUGGGGACUGACUUGUCAUCAGCGUGUUCACUCUGAGGAGAGACCAUUCAAAUGCUCUGACUGUGGAAAGUGCUUUAGGAAUUCUGUGGAACUAAUGUCCCAUAAACGUGUUCACACUGAGGAGAGACCUUUUAAAUGCUCAGACUGUGGGAAUCACUUUGCAAGUUCCUGGGGACUGUUUUAUCAUCAACGUGUUCAUAUUGAAGACAGACCUUUCAAAUGUGUAGUGUGUGGAAAGUGCUACCGAAGUUCUGUGGAAUUGAUGUCCCAUCAACAUGUUCACAUGAUGAGAGACCUUUCAGGUGCUUUCAUUGUGGGACUGGGUUCAGGUGAUCAUCUCAACUCUCAGUAUACCAGUGACUUCACACCAGGAAGAAAAAAUGUUCCUGCUCAGUGUGAGAAAAACAGUUAGCUCACUCAUCGACCCUGCUAAUCAGCAGAGAGGUCACAUUGGGAGAUAUACCAUUCACCUGCUCCAUGUGUGGGAAGGAAUUCACUGACUCAUCAACCCUGCUGAGACAGCACAGAGUUCACACAUCUCAACAGCAAUUGGACCUAGCAGUUCAUUAAGUUCAGGACUGAAAGCAAAGUUUUAAAAUUCUUGAUAAAAGUCAAAUAAGUCAGCUUUGUUAUAAAUGCCAUUUGGCAGGUCAUUGUAAGGAUGUGAUCAUCAUGUACUUGGAAGAAUCAGCAUGUUGUCCAGGGGUAAUCAUGCCUGACAAAUCAGUUAGAAUUCAUUGAGGGUAUAACGAGGAAGUUAGAUAAAGGAGAGCCAGGAAAUGCAUUAUGUUUUGAUUUCCAGAAGCCAUUCAACAGGGUGUCAUACGAGAAGCUGCUAAAUAAGAGUCCAUGAUGUUAGUGGCAAGGCACUGUCAAGGAUUGGCGAUUGGCUGACUCUUAGAAUGCAGAGAGUUGGGAUAAAGGAGUCAUUUUCAGAAUACUAGCUGGAUGAUGAGUGGAGUCAACAGGGGUCAGUGUUGAUACGACAACUAUUCACGUUAUACAUUAAUGAUCUGGACAAAAAUUGAGGACAUUGUUCGAAGUUUGCAGAUGGCACAAUGGUAGGUGGAGGGACAGGUUGGAAAGAGGAAGUAGGAAGGCUUCAGAAUGACUUAGACAGUCUUGGAGAGUAGUUAAAGAAAUGGCAGAUGGAAUACAUCAUGGGAAAGUGUAAGGUUAUACAUUGUGGUCAGAAGAGUAGAGGCAUAGGCUAUUUUCUGAUUGGAAAAAUCUUCAGAUAUCUGAAGUGCAAAGGGACUUGGGAGCUCUAGUUCAGGAUUCUGUUAAGAUUUUCAUGCAGGGUCACCUCGUGGCUAGGAAGGCAAAUGCAAUAUUGGCAUUCGUUUCAAGAGAGCAGAGAUAUACUGCUGAGGUUAUGAAAGGCUCUGGUCCGACCGCAUUUGGAAUAUUGUCAGUAGUUUCCAGCCCAGUAUUUUAAAGAAAAUCGGGAUGAAUAGGUUAAAUAGACACGGUCUUUUUCCUGGGGUGGGAGAGUCCAGAACUAGAGAGCAUAGGUUUAGGGCGAGAGGGGAAAUACGUAAAAGGUACCUAAGGGGUAGAGCGUGGUGCGUGUAUGAAUGAGCUGCCAGGAGAAGUGGUGGGGGCUGGUAAACGCCAACAUUUAAAAGGCAUCUGGAUGGGUAUAUGAAUAGGAAGUGUUUAGAGGGCUAUGGGCCAAAUGCUGGCAAAUGGGACUGGAUUAGGUUAGGAUAUCUGGUUCGCAUGAAUGAGUUGGACCAAGGGGUCUGGUUCUGUGCUGUGCAUCUUUAUGACUCUGUGCUGGUAUUGGAGGGGUUUGGCAGAUACAUCUUCCAGGAUUGCUCUGCACAAGUUUUUGAAUUUCAUGGAGCUUUUCCAGUGACACUGAUCUUGGAAAUCUCUCCCCGCAGAAACAACAAACAAACCUUUUACUUUGUAUGGUGAAAGGCUGAAUGAUAGUGAGGUGCUGGUGAAUGGAUUGACUCUGUUUGAUGUUGCUGUAUUAUUUGGUUGGAAUUGACGAUCUGGAAAUGCAUCCCAUUGAAAAUGCUGUAAAAAGAGUGGACAGAAAGCAGUCCAACCGUCAGGCCAGAGUGAAAUCCUCCAUCCAAUUUGGCAGCAGAGUAUCGCUCCUCACCAGAGUCUAUCCGCAUUUCUUUCUUUUGGUUCUUUGAUUUUUUUUAAAUCUCUGUCAUGGAGACAGUGAUGGCAGUGGCUGGGGCUUUUGACAGUUGGCUAUGAGAUGCUGAAUCCUGUCGCUGGCAUCGAGGCUUCAUCAAUGUCUGUAGUAGUGCUCGAGCUGGACUCUGCAUUGAGAUGGCUGAUGGAGCAUGGUUGCCAAUGGGACCCAGUGAGAGCGGUAGUAGCAGCGAAGGAUGAUAGCAACGAUGAAGCCUGGUAUGCCCCACGAAGGUUGGCAGCAGCAGUCAGCGCUGAGGACAGUUGGCAGACAACAGAUGCAUCUUGCCCAGUGUGGAGAAAGCAAUCCUCAGGCCAGUGCUCUUGGGGAAAGCUCAGCUUGGAGUGUCUGCAGGCCCAUGGCUUAAGAAAAACCUGUAAUAUUUGACUUUUUAAGUUUUCUGAGUUUAAAAGGUAAAAAUAACAAUGUAGUGCUGAACAUUUUAACUCCUUUAUUUUUCAACAACAAAUUGAAAACAACAAAUGCUGCAGAACACAGUGGGUCAGCCAGCAUCCAUGGAGAGACAGCAAGCUAAUGUGUUGAGUCUGCAUGAAUUUUCAUGACUUUGAUGAUAUCUGCAUCAGUAUUUGCAGAUGCAUUCUAUUUUGUUCAAAAAGGACAAAGCUGUAGGCAGUUAAUCCAUGUGACAUUUACAAAUUCCUAAGUUGGAAGUGGAAGCGGUCUGACUCAAGGUUGGAAUACAGACAGACUCUAACCUCCCACAUUGAGCUGAGAUGUCACUUUUUUUUAAAAUAAAUCUUGAGGUAUCUCAGGAAUGGUGACUUGAAAGAAGUUCUGGAUUUGCAUAUUAAUGAAUUGAAACCUGCAACUGAUUCUAAAAGGUGAAAGACUUAACUGCAAUCUAGGUUUGUUCAGUAUAUCACAUCAGUUUUAUGUCCUUUUGCUAUAAAUUGUGUCCUAUAAUCCUGCUCCACUAGCUACGUGACGAAGGAGCAGUGCUCCGAAAGCUUGUAUGUCCAAAUAAACUUGUUGGACUAUAA